AUGUCGCGAAGGUACGACUCGCGCACCACCACCUUCUCACCCGAAGGUCGGUUAUAUCAGGUCGAGUAUGCGAUGGAGGCCAUCUCGCACGCAGGUACGGUCAUCGGGAUCCUUGCCAAGGAUGGCAUCGUGCUGGCAGCCGAAAAGAAGGUGACGUCGAAACUGCUCGAGCAGGACCAAUCGUCGGAAAAGAUCUUCACCGUUUCCGACAACGUCAUGGCCGGAGUCGCCGGUUACACGGCGGAUGCCAACUCGCUCGUCAACUUUGCACGUAACGCGGCGCAGCAGUACCUUGCAAGCUACGACGACGAUAUGCCCGUCGAACAGCUGGCCCAGCGUCUGUGCGACUACAAGCAGGGCUACACCCAGUUCGGCGGUCUGCGUCCCUUUGGUGUCUCUAUCCUCUAUGCGGGCUAUGACGACCACCACCACUUCCAACUCUACCACUCGGAUCCCUCGGGCAACUACUCGGGUUGGAAGGCGACGUGCAUCGGCAACAACAACGGCACCGCCACCUCGCUGCUCAAGCAAGACUACAAGGAUGAUAUCGGCAUCCAGGACGCCAUGGGCAUGGCGGUCAAGAUCUUGAGCAAGACUAUGGACAGCACCUCGCUGGACAGCGAAAAGCUGGAGUUUGCUACGCUCACGUUGAACGCAAAGACGGGGAAGCCGCAGACGAACAUCUUCCGCCCUAACGACGUUGACAGGUUGCUGCACAAGCAUGGACUUGCCAAGCCCAAGGAGGGGGAUGAGGCGGCAGCAGCGGCACCAGCAGCGUCAGAGUCGAAUGCCAUGUCGGUCGACUCUUAG